AUGGCAACUCCAAAAACUUCAUUGCACACCCGUUCGAUCAGUUUGCCAUCGACAUCUCACCCACUCGAUGCAACCACUGAAAAUCACUUUUGCAGGCUAAGGGUUGCACAAGCAGAGCCCUCGUCUUCAUCAACCUUAACCCGAAACUUAUCCAAUAUGAAAGAUUUGCACGAGCAAAUGAACGAUUUCAUUCUUUUGCCACACAACCUACAAAUCCUUUCAAACGAAAUCAUUAGGACACAGGUCGAUGAGGUUCUAGAUGGAUCUGUUACCUUACUUGACAUCUCUAGCACCACACUUGAUGCGCUAUCCCAAACAAAAGAAUCCAUUUUAGACCUUAAAUCAGCUUUCCGUAGAGGAAGCUACAAUGAAGGCAUUAAUACAUUUGCAAUGUCAAGAAAGAAAAUCAUUAAAGAUCUUUCAAAGUUUCUCGUCAAAAUUAAGAAAGUUGAACAAAAUUAUUCACCAAAAGUCGAAACUAAUGGCUCAAUCAUAAGUCUUCUAAAAGAGGCCGAAACAAUUAGUAUAGCAACAUUGAAAUCACUUGUAUUAUUUCUGAUGGGAUCGAAAGAAACUAAAGUUCGCGGUUGGUCUUUGGUUAACAAGCUUAUGAAGUCUAAAAGAUUGGAAAAUACUACUGAAGUGGAGUGUUUAAAUCAAGCUAUCUUGGACAAUGUUGAUUCAAAGGUUGUUAUGAAGCAUUUAGAAACAUUAGAAAUGGUUGUUCUUGAGCUUGAGAAAGAGUUGGAAUUUGUUUCAAGAUGCUUUGUAAAAACUAGAGUUUCACUCCUAAAUAUACUAAACCAUUAA